AUGUCGGAGAAGACCACCCUCCCAAAGGUAGGUGCUGGGAGAGAUGAGGCGGAGACAGAAGUUCAGGAGGGCAAGGCUGCAGAUCCACACAAGGCACCAGAGCAGAGCUAUGAUUUGAUCAGCGCUGCAGGGGGCCUCCUCUUCUGGGCUGCCUUUGUAGGCUACGCGCUGCUGCUGAGCCCCAACCAGACACCAUACAGGGACAUGUACUUCCUGGAGAAGUUGAGCGGGCUCGGUGUCGACGAUGGCGUGCAAGUGAAUGCAGUCUUCACGCAGCUCUUCUUUAUGAUGGGACUCUGGCCUGCCAUCUAUGCAGCCCUGCUCGUUCCCUCAGCUCGCAGCGGCAACAAGAUCCCGGCAUGGCCAUUUGUGACACUGUCCUUUGGAGUGGGAGUCUUUGCUCUGGGGCCCUACUUUGCCCUGUGGACGCCUUCAAAGGAGGCAGUGGCGCCGCCCAAGGCAGAGGAGCUUGAGGGCUGGAACAAGCUGGGGCUGAAGGGGACUGAGUCCAGGAUUGGCGCCUGGCUCAUCCUGGCUGGUGCUGUUGCCACUGUUGCCCAAGCGGCCUUGGCAGGAGGAGACGCAUGGAGUGCAUAUGGAAAGCUCUUCCUAGAGAGCCGAUUUGUGCACGUUACAACCUCUGACUUUGCGGCGCUAUGUCUGUUCGCGCCCUUCUGGAUGUGGAACGAUGCGGAGAAGCGCCAAUGGCAGGGCAGGGGCGCCCAGGAUUAG